GGGCUAUAUAUACAGCCAGGUCUCCCGCGGUGCUCCAACUGCAAGCGCGGGCGUCCCGGCACGUUGCAUUUCGCGGCAGAGGCAACAGAUAGGGGAGACGAUGAGGGAUCUGGAGGAGUUCCGGGGCUCGUCGGCGGGGCCGCCGCGGAACAAUGGCGGCGGCGGCAGCGGGGGGUCGUCGGCGGUGACCACGCCGUCGUGGUGGGCGGGCGACCCGGAGGCCAAGCGCCGGCGGAGGGUGGCCGCCUACAAGGCCUACGCCGUGGAGGCCAGGGUCAAGGCGUCGCUCCGCCGCGGCCUCCGCUGGAUCAAGGACCGCUGCACCGGCAUCGUCCACCACCGCCGGUGACCGGCCGGGAAGAGCGAUCGUUGGCAUAUCGUGGCGUGUGCUUUGACCGCCUCGCCAUCUUGAUGUUCAUAAUAUUUCUGUUUUCUCCUCUCUUUUUUUCCUCCUCUUCCUCGUGAAAAAGUUGCCUUCGUUUCUAAUUAAUUUUGUUCUUAUGAAAGGAAAUCAUUCCAAUAACUCGAGUUUUUCCUCGAUGACGAUCAUUGUCAUGUGGGGCACGUCUUACAGACGUGGGCCGCGCGGCCAGGAGCAGCCGACGGCCGCAUCAGGCAAGGCGCAGGCUGGACAGGAGUCCUGAUCCGGGCACAUUAGUUCCUAGACUAGUUUAUUUCGUAUAGGUUUCUAGUUUGUUAUUAGCCCAUGGGGCCUUUAUAUAUCAGAUAGUUAGCACCCUUUAGGGAUAAGCAAUAAAGUUAUUUCCUUCUA